UUCUUUCGAUUCAAACCAUCUGAACCAAAUCAAGAAAUGGAGAAAAUUCAGGAAAUUCGCCAGCAACUAGACAAACAUCUGCGGAUUUUGAACGAGUUCGUGGCGGAAAAUGCAGGUGGAGUGCUCGACGCAGCUACACUUGAGAAGAUUAAUCAAGAAAUUAACGCCAAAAGCAAAGAUGCAGAGGACAUGACGGUGGUGCAGAAAUUGGAGACGCUCGCCUUGCUUCCCGAUUGGCUUGAAACCCUUAAUUCUUCCCUCCAACAAUUCACGGAGGUGGCCAAGACCCUGCAGCCGAAACCAGCACCACCAGAAAGAAAAGCGUCAGCAUUCGCUCUCUUCCCGGACGCAGACCAGCACCAGCGCAACCUGUCCAACUACCAAAGCCUAAAAGCAAAACAGGCAGAGAAAAAAUCCCAAGUUGCCCUUCUGGAAUGCAGACACGCCGUGAAAAACAUGGCCGACGCCGCCGCGGCCAUCGGACAAGCCGAACGAGUGGGCUUCGAGGAACAGACGAAGCGAGAAUGCCGAUUUUUGCUCUCGCACGGAUUCCCCGUGGAGGCGAUCGUCGAGAGGCUGGAGGAUUUGCUGGACGAGAAGUGGACCAAGACCGUGUCUCCGGCGAAGUUGAGGAAAGAGGCGGAGCGGCAGUUGGCGCUUAAUCAGCUCGAGGUGGAUGCGUACGUGUCGGAUAGAGGCUCAAGCCAAUCGAUCGGACACGUUGUCCAUCGCCUCCUCGCCACUAAGUAUCCCAGACCACCAGUACCCCCUGGCGAAUGUCUUCCUCGCCUGAAGGUGAUGGCUCUGCUGUUGGUGUCUACGAGCAACGAAUUCAUUCCAGACCUGACCAAUGUGGUGUCAGAGGCAAAAGUAUCCGUCGUGCGCGUGCAGGACGCCGUGGACUCGUGCGUUGAGGCGUACAGGCGGGAGGGACCCGGCAUUCCCCUCCUGGAGUCGAGGGAGCCGCCGACCGAAGUGGCCGAGCCCGUGCAGGUGACCCCGACGGCCAGACUGGUGCCGCACGCCCUCUUGGAGGAGCUGGAGGCGCUGCAGCCGCCGCCGACGCACAAGGAAAUCGAGACGCAGACUGGGCCUGAGGUCGAGCCGCAGCUCAGCAUGGCCGCCUCCCUCGGGAAGCACGCGCUGGAGGUGAUGCGACUGCGGCAGCCCCUCUCGGACUGGCUCACCACGGCUUUGGUCAUUGAGUACCUCAAGAAAAUCUCGGCUGAAGGCGCGCUUGGUUGGAUCCUCGUUGAUUUUCCCUCGAAUUUCGAGCAGGCCCGCAUUUUCGAGGCGUCGAUAACUGGACAGUGGGUUCCAAAUCCGGACAUGCCGGACGAGGACCAGGGUGGUCAGCUGUCGGUGGUGCAGUCCAAGAUCGUCUGCGACCCGCACUCGCCUGUUGAAGCGUGCCGGCCCUUCCGCACCAUCUUCACGUCCGUGGUGUCGUUGUCUCCGACAGAGCCUCCGCCGCCCGUGGUGCCGCUGGUGAACGAGCUGUACCUGCGGCAGGACGUGCUUUCCUGUCUGCAUUGCAACUCUUUCACCGAGGAAAACGUGCUGGCCGUGGCCGAGAUGCUGCUCAAGAGCUCGCCCCACGCGCCACCUGAGCCGGCGGCUCUUCAGGGCCAGGUCGCGUUCCCCGACUUUGAAAUUCCUGCCGACCUGGCUAGAGGAAUGGUUGCCCUGUGGGAGGCCCUGGAGACCGCCUACCUUGGGCAUUUGCACCGAGUCACCCUGGCGAGGAGGACGAUGACAAAUCUGUUCGCCAGGCAUGUGAACUCGCUGAAGAAGUGUUUCGAGAGGUUCUUGGCCAGGGAGGACAACCUGCAGAGGACCGUAGAUGAGUUUGUUGAGUGGUACAAUGCGGUGCCCAGGCCGUGGGUCGAGGAGUCCAAGAAUGAGAUCAGAAACAGGUUGGAAGUGGUGGAGAAGUCGAUUUUGAGCCAGAUUGAGGCACGUCGACGAGAAGCGGACGAGGAGGUGAAAAGAAACAGCGAGCAACCAGUAUUGGCGCGGACACUGCUGGAAAAGCUGCAGGUCGGCGGUGCGGUGGCGCAGCUCGAGCUUGACCGCUUUGUCGACACGAUGGCCGUGCUGCAGGACUUUGCGUCGGCGUCCCUGGGAAAAAUCCCGCCGGACGCGAAGAAAAGCGUUCGAUUUGAAGUGCCUAAGGUGCUCGGCCCCGAGAUCGGCGACGCUUGGGCCACUGCCCUGGCGGAGGCUUUGCUCGGGCCUGAAGGGCCACCUGCCCUUCCUGAGGAAUUUGUCGCUUAUUUGGGCUCGGUGGUCGAGUCGGCCAAGGCGUUUGUCACAAAGCUGGUUGGUGGGCAGAAAAGCGCCAUCGGCAAGAUGGAGAAGGAGUUCCAGCCGAAGAAGAAGAAGGGCAAGGACAAGAAGAAGGCGAAGAAGGGCAAAAAAGGGCCCACCAUCGAUGACGUGCCCAGUCUCGCUGAUUUGGAGGAGGAGAGGCUGAGAACCAAGCGGAUCAAUCUUCUUCAGGAGUGGCGGGACAUGUUGGACAGCGAGUCAGAGCAGGCUCUCAGUGCGAUUGAUCGAGAAAUGGAACGCCAAAAAUCCGAGGCAGAAAAGCUGAUCGAGCACCUGCGGAGGAACGGGUACCAGGUGAUGCGCACGGCCGCCGACGAGCAGCGAAGCUCAGACAGCCAGGCGCUGUACGAACUGAAAGAGUUCCUUGAAGCGGCCAUUGAGGCUGAGGCGGAACUGGAAGUGCCGCAAACCCUCCCCCGUAAGAGCCUCUACCUGAGUUACCUGCGGCUCCCGAACGCUCCGCCCCCUCCUUCGGCUGCGGUUCCUGAAGAGCGGGACCUGGCGGGCCUGAUCAGGGUCCUCCGGCGACUCGCUCCGGACGGCGUGAUCCUGGUGUCCGGACUGGUAUUCCUUCUGCAACAGUCAAAGGCCGCACCCUGGCGCCAGCUGGACAGUGAGCAGACGGCCAGGGUCCUGCGGAAGAGGCUGAACGGAGGCUGCAUUGUCGACUGGAGGGCCAUGGUGGUUGGGCUGCUCGAACUGCCUGAGGCCACUGAGCAGCAGCUCCUUCACGCCGAGGAGCGGCUCCGUCCUGGCACCCUAGAGGCCUUCACCCAGUCACGGAUCUGGCUGGACGCGGCCUUUGAGGACGACCCUGAGUCCGUGAAGCGUCUCCUUUUUGACGCCUACCGUCCAAGGGUCUCCGUACUGCGUCUGCUGUCCGCCGCCGCCAUUGGACCUUGUCCGGUCGCUUCAUUCCUGAAGUUGUGCGCCCUCCACCAGGGCCAGUCACUGCAACAGGACAACGCAGUCCUCCUAGAAGCGGCCGUGGCCGCCUGCCACGCCGUCUCGCCUGUCGAGAACGAAGAAAUCGCGCCACUCCUGCAGAGCAUCUGGAACGAAGUCGAGGACGCCGGUCUGGACAGCGAGCAUAGGCGGGCCCGCAACAGGGCCGUGGCCGCUGGCACCUACGUGGCUGUGGACGCGAGUCAGGUGCCGGUCGAGCUGCUCAAGGAGAAUGAAGCGUUUCUCGAACUGGCUGCUGAGUUGUUCGGAAAGAAGAGCUUUCAGGACUUGAUUAGUGAAGAAGAACUGCUAAACUCGAAAUAAAACACUUUUAUUAGC